AUGAGCGACCCAGCCGCAUUCUUCCUCGAGUGGAAGCAGCAGCUCCUCGGAAGUCUACAGGCCUGCUUCCAGGGCGGUGGUGACCCCCGGACCCCGACACCGAGCGAACGCCAGCACCGUCUCCAUGUUCAGCGCCUGCUGAGCCUCCGAUCGUCAACAUUCGUUGAGCAACUGGCCCGGCUGGACCCUGCUCGCGUUGACACAAGCCCCCUUCCGGCACCGUACAACGAACUGGCCACGGUGCACAUCACCCGCUGUCGGCUGUUCAUCCCGUUGGCUGAGGCCUUCCUGUCCCGGCAGCCGCGGCCGGCUGAACUCCAUCGCCGACACUCGCCUGAUGGCUGGAAGAUCCACCCCCCUCUGGCGUCCACCCUCAUUCAGACCGACCAGCAGGGCACCCCCACGGAUGCCGAGCUUCAGCUCACGGCCGCGAUGAACACAUUUGCCACCACCCUUGUGGAUGCCCUGUCCGAUGCCUGCUCGGCCAGUGGCUCCCAUUCCCAGCCCUCUGGCCUUCUGCCCCCGGCGGCCCUGCUACUUGGGUGGCUUUUGCGCACCGCCCUGACCGACCUGCGCUAUGGGGCCAUAUCCGCCGGCCUGGCCCAUGGCAAUGUCGUACGCUGUUCCAGCCAAUUCCUCAGCCUCCUGGAAGCCAUCCUGGGCAUCAAUGCCCCCUGCAACCUGGCCGGAGUGCGCUUGCGUGCCUCCCUGGCCCUAUAUGCCAUGGUGCAGAGACUUGCACUGCAGGACCCGAUCCGGAAGCUCUCUCGUGAGCUGGAAACCGCGCACAACCAGUUCAGUCGGCGCCUGCCAUUAACCGUGGACGGCCAGCCGGUCUUCUGCCUCAAGAGGACCUCCGGCCUGAUGCUCCUGUCCUUGAACCCCCGGUUUUUCGGCGACUACGACCUGUCACUCCUCUACCAGCAGGUGGCUCGUGCCCUGCUACCGGCCAAUGUACACGACGCGGUGCAUUACUAUCGCCAGGCCCUGCGCCACUGCCCUCCGACACACACUCGGACCAUCGGUGGUUGA